AUGAUGUUGGUGACAGGUGUCUGCAAUACCAUCCUCAACAAAUACCAGAUGUUUGUCGGUGAGAUGGGGUGCUGGCUUGUUGUGCUUGGCUCCUACCUAUACACCCGUUAUAUCUCUUCCCGUUCUUCUUCAACCGCUCCUCUCCUUGCUGGUGGCUACCGGCCUGUCAGAAAUGACGAUGUCGACAAUGAUGAGGAGGAAGAUCGAACCCUCACUGAACCUGAGGACCCUGCUGCGAAACCACUGGUCGCGACUGACGAGGGACGAACAAAGCUUCAAGGAUGGAAGAUUCUUCUGCUGGCUGCUCCAGCAUGCUGCGAUAUCACCGGUGUCGGUUUGGUCGGUCUCGCUGGUGCGUUUUUUGGGGAUAAAGGCGGCGAGCUUGUACAUAACCCUGAAGAUGGCAUCAAGGCCGUCUCUCAGCUUGUCCGUGACGUUCAUACGACUGCACGGACACCAGAGGCAGUCCGGGCCAUCAUUGGUGUCUUACUCAUUGCAGCUGCCCAGAUCUUUACGGCGUUUCAGUUUGUCCUGGAGGAGUGGAUUCUCGAGCAUUAUGCAAUGGCCCCUCUGAGUGUUGUGGGAUGGGAGGGGGUAUUUGGCUUCUCAGUGACAAUUAUCGCGAUGAUCAUUCUUCACUUGACCAUAGGACGGACUGAAGCUGGCAAAUAUGGUUACUUUGAUGCCAAGGAAGGUUGGAGGCAGAUUACCACUAACCGAGCUAUUGCUGUGUCCAGCAUCCUGAUUAUGAUUAGCAUUGGUGGCUUUAACUUCUUUGGUCUGUCUGUCACUCGAUCUGUUUCCGCAACCUCUCGCAGCACCAUUGACACCUGCCGCACCCUGUUCAUUUGGCUGGUGUCUCUUGGCCUUGGGUGGGAAACUUUCAAGUGGCUCCAGGUCGUAGGGUUUGCGUUGCUUGUUUACGGCACGUUUUUAUUCAACGACAUCGUUCGGCCUCCGCUCAAGGCAUGCCUGCCAAAAGAGAGGGAGGAGUUACUACCGGAAGAACCGAUCGAGCAUUUGUAG